AUGCAACAAGAGAAGAAAGAAAAGAAUCAAGUUACAACGGCUGAAUUUCGUGUUUCCCACGAAGAGAAGCAGCACAUUGCAGAAAAAAUCGAAGAACAAAAGAAGAAGACUGUAAGCGAAAAAUUGAUUUAUAGUGCCUUGACCAAAGCAAAAGAAAUGGAAUUAAAAAGUCCAUUGAAACAUAGACAUAGCAGUGGCUCAGCAUUCUCGGCAAGCGUCAUUCGUGAUGAAAGAGAACGCGAGAAGAAAGAGAUAUCUGAGCUAAACGAGCGAUUUGCCAAUUAUAUUGAAAAAGUGCGUUUCCUGAGCGCUCAAAACCAGAAAAUGGAACAUGAUCUAGUUACUUUUAAAGCUCGGAUUGGAAAGGAUUCGUCGUUUACGAGACAAAUGUGUGAAACCGAACUUGCUGACGCUAGAAAGAUAGCCGAACAAGAGACUACUGAAACAGAUGAGUUGAUCGGUAAAAUGCCUGAACUGCAGCAAGAAAUCACUGAAUACAAGAAAAGAUAUGAUGAGGCUUGCAAAAAGAACGAAGCCGAUGCAAAACAUAUCGACAAGCUUAUCGAGAAGUUUUGUAAAUUGGAGUAUGAGAAGAACCUUUUGCGUCGUCGGUUAGAGGAACGCGAUAGCGUGCUUUUGAAUCUCAAAAAACUGAACGCUUACUAUUUGACAAUGCAAACUCGAUUACGCGUGGAACUCGAAACCGAGUCUACGUCUCACGCGGACUUUAAAAUUAGAGCUGAAGCCCUUUCUGAUGAACUUGAAUUUAUACGUCAGGAACAAGAACAGGAGUUACGAGAAUUGCAAGGUGAAACGGCUCGAGAUACUACUUGGGAAAAUCAGGAAUACUUCAGAAGAGAGUUGUCCAGCGCUAUUCGCUCCCUCCGCAAAGAAUAUGACCAAAUUACAAUAGAAAACAGAACUGAAAUGGAAACGUGGUACAAACUAAAAAUUAAAGAAUUUCGUUCGGAAACAAGCCGGCAGUUACUCGAAAAGAACUACUCUUAUCAGGAGGUAAAACGUCUUCGAGUUCAACGAACAGAGGUGAAAAGUCGUCUCACAAAGUUGGAAGAAAGGAAUUCUAUUUUGACGAAGCAGGUUGGAGAUCUGCAGCGUCAGAUCAAUGAAGAACAACAAAAUUAUCGUAUCUUCUUAGAAGAACGAGAAAAUUCAAUCAGAACUCUUACUGAGGAGCUUGAGCAGUUGUCUGUCGAACUUCAAGGUCUUACUGACACUAAAGAGUCGCUCGAGGAAGAGAUUGCCGAGUACCGCAAACUGUUGGAAGGAGGUGAAAGAAAGACAAAGAAACUACCUGAGGUGCAAGAGCAGAAAUUAGAGUUUGAUCGAGACGGUAGGUUUAUACGCCUUCAAAACACGAGUAAAACUGAAAGUGCUGCAAUUGGAGAGUGGAAAGUAAAUCAAAUUACCGAUGGUGGAAAUCCAUUAGUUGUUACGUUACCAAAAGACCUUGUUCUAAAACCUGGAAAGACUCUUACAGUGCGUUUUGUCACUUUUUGA